AGAGCCUUUUAAGCCUUAUGCAACCGACGAAGAAAACGGCCACGGAUAUUACAGCUCUAUCUCUAGUGAACAGGAGGGUUAAAGAAACAUGUCUCUCAUGUAAAUACAUUUUUGUGUGUGUUGGUCCAGUUAGUUUUCUCUAUUUUCUUUCUGUUAAUUCUAUAUUCGUUACAUUGAACGGCCACUAGGAUAUCUUUGAUGUACUGUAGCUUACGGUAACAGUUUCCUCUCCAGACCCCAGAUAGUUGUUUCACUGCGAAGACGACGGAUUAAAAUAUGGCGUGAAAAGGGGUCCAGUGUAUCAAUUAACUUGUUUGUAUUCCUGAGCCGAAUAAAACGAGCGUCUUGUACUUGUACACGUCUUGGACGUGUUCUGACUGCUGCUCGUGUUUGCUUGUCGUGACUUGCUGAAGUUGGGAACCAAACUGAUUUGUGAAUGGGAAGGUGCGUGUGAUCCUGCACACAACUCCAAGAAUUCUAGGCCACUUGUGUUCUUCGUGGUCAGUACGAGCUGAAUAACCUCCUGGUCGUGAUGGCCUGGGCUCUGAAACUGCCGCUGGCUGAUGAGGUGAUCGAGUCCGGCCUGGUGCAGGAUUUCGACGCCAGUCUGUCUGGAAUUGGCCAGGAGCUAGGAGCUGGAGCCUACAGUAUGAGUGAUGUGCUGGCACUUCCAAUCUUUAAGCAAGAAGAGUCCAAUCUUCCACCGGAUAAUGACAACAAGAUCCUUCCCUUCCAAUAUGUUCUUUGUGCUGCCACGUCACCAGCUGUCAAACUACAUGAUGAGACCCUCACCUACCUCAACCAAGGACAGUCUUACGAAAUUCGAAUGCUGGACAAUCGGAAAAUGGGUGAGCUUCCUGAGAUCACAGGCAAAAUGGUGAAGAGCAUCAUUCGUGUAGUUUUUCAUGACCGGCGACUUCAGUACACUGAGCACCAGCAGCUUGAGGGCUGGCGCUGGAACAGACCAGGUGACCGAAUCCUUGACCUGGAUAUUCCUAUGUCUGUUGGCAUUGUGGAUCCUAGGGCGAACCCCACACAGCUUAACACAGUGGAGUUCCUAUGGGACCCAUCAAAGCGGACUUCAGUGUUCAUCCAGGUUCAUUGCAUCAGUACAGAGUUUACAAUGCGCAAGCAUGGCGGUGAGAAGGGGGUGCCUUUUCGCAUCCAAAUUGACACGUUCAAAGAGAAUGAUGCAGGAGACUACACAGAACAUCUGCACUCUGCCAGCUGCCAAAUCAAAGUCUUCAAGCCCAAAGGUGCUGACAGAAAGCAGAAGACUGAUCGAGAAAAGAUGGAUAAGAGGGCACCACAAGAAAAGGAGAAAUACCAGCCAUCAUAUGAAACCACCAUCCUUACUGAGUGCUCACCGUGGCCUGAGGCCACUUAUGUCAACAAUUCUCCAUCACCAGGCUUCAGCAGCACCCACAACAGCUUCCCUACUGAAGGGAAUGGCUCGCCGACUCACCAGCCAGAGCCAGUGGUACAGGUAGCGGAUAAUCUGGUGCCCACUGCAACACCACAAGAAGCACAGCAGUGGCUCCAUAGAAACCGCUUUUCGCCAUUCUGUCGUCUCUUCACAAACUUCUCAGGGGCAGACCUACUGAAAUUAACUAGAGAGGACGUCAUUCAGAUCUGUGGUCCAGCUGAUGGCAUACGAUUGUUCAACUCACUAAAAGGAAGGGUGGUUCGCCCAAGACUCACCAUCUAUGUGUGCCAGGAGUCUCAGCAGGCCAGAGACCAACAGCAAAAACAUGAGAAUGGAGAUGGUGCUAGCAAUACCUUUUUUGUGUACCAUGCUAUUUACCUGGAAGACCUAACAACCAUCGAGCUGACUGAGAAAUUAGCUCAGCUUUUCAACAUCUCACCACGCCAGAUCAUUCAGAUCUUCAAGCAGGGACCCACAAGCAUUCAUGUGCUUGUCAGCGAUGAGAUGAUUCAGAACUUUCAGGAUGAGAUGUGUUUUGUGUUGGACACAAUGAAAGCCGAGACGAACGAUGGCUACCACAUCAUCUUGAAGUGAGAAUGAAAAUUGGGCGAAGAGAUUUGGCACCCAUUUUCCUGCAGAUUAAUCUUGAUCAGUUUCCUGUCUUCACUCUUCCUGGAUCUUAUGAUUACGAUUGUUACUUACAAUUGUAUUGCUCAGGCAAUAAGUCAAGUGGAAAUGCAUCUGGCCUGUUGUGAUACCUACUGUCUUACUCUCCACAGAAUGUUUGUACUGCCAGCACUAUCAGACAGCUGAUUUUAAUGUUUUGCAUUUUAUUGUUUUAGUUAUCCUUCCUUUUUAAAAAAUAUCUUUAAUGUCUAUACAUUCAUUGUAAGUGGUGUGCCAGAGCCUGCUUCCUGGGAAUGACUGAAUUGGUUGUUGUAGAAUUAGCAUUAGCAGACAUUGUAUGUAUAUUGAUGCCCAACUGAAAAUGUGGUUUCAGCAUAUUAUCAGUAGGCUAAUUUAUAAUGCGUGUUAAGCUUACGUUACGAAAAUAAAUGAUUUCUGUAGCUUCCCCUAGUUUGCCUACAGGAAGAAAAGUAGCACUGCUGCAUGAAGUUGAGUUACUUUUCUAUAGCUCAUUUAUUAACAAGUGUUUUCUGUCACAAAUCUUUUCUUUGUAAGUGUAGCAUUUCUUCUAAAUUGGCCUAAAUUCUCACUCCGAGAAACAUGAAUUCAGUUGCUAAUUCACAACAGUAUGGUCACACUACGUUUUGUUGUUAAAUGUUCCAUUGUACUGUUCAGACAGCGGGCUUGAAAGGCAAGACCAGUCCAUUACUACUUUCUUUGUGUUUAGUACUUUUUUUAGCAGGCUUGUUCUUACAAAGGUCUGUUCAGACUAGGAUUUUUUUUCUAUCAUGUUUUAUGUAAGUAAACCAUCAGAUGUGUGUUCGUCAUGAUCGUUGUUAAACUGUUUUUUUGUUUUGUUUUUGUUUUUAAUAACCAUUGCAAUGCAAAUCCAUUUGGUGUGAAAAGCAUAUGUUUUAAGCUUGUGCUUGUGACAGAUCGGAUUAGCUGUGUUGGAUGUAUGUAAGACAGCAAAGUCACUGAAUAAUUUGUUGAAUCUGUUCCCCGAUUUCUCAUGUCAGUUCAACAAUUAAAAUAGUUUACCCAUGAAAAGCAUUAUUGCUUCAGUGUCAGCCUUGCUCCAACCACAGUUUGCAACAUCUCAUUUAAUGCUAACAUUUGAUACCGAGUAAAUUUCAGAUUGAUUGUAAUUUUUCCAGAUGCUGGCUUGAAUUUCGUGUAUGUACAGUAUUCACACAGACAGCCAGUCAAAGUGAACAUCACUGUUAAGAAUCCACAUGAUGCUCAAAUGUUUGGGCAAAAUUAUUUGUAUCAUUCUGAAAAUUUUUCUAAAUUAAAUGCUUUUAAGCAAGGACCACAGGGUUUCUCAAAAA